AGUUUCGCAGAGAUGCUGACCAAGCGGCAGCGCAAGGAGGCGCCACGCGCCGACGAGAGCCCCAGCAGCACCGACCUCGAGGAGGCCGAGGCUGCGCGCAAGCAGCGCCGGCGCGAUCAGGUCCGGGUCAACCAGCGCAACCUGCGCCAGCGCCAGCGGAUGCUCAACGGGCUCGAAGCAGACGUCAAGACGAUCGAGCUCGAGAUCGCUGAGUACGACAAGAACCUCCAGCAGCUGCGCAACCUCAGCGCACGCGACGACUUUAUCGUGUCCAAUUUCGCCCAGUACCUGCACUUGCACCUCUACGGCGUGCUGCCGACGCACCCAGGUCGCGUCUCGGAGCAGCGACGCAUCUCGCGCUUCCUCUUCCGCGACGACGUCAUUUACGGCGGCGUCGUUGGCCACUCGUACAUUGAAGACCAAUGGCUCAAGUGGGCGGGGUUCCACCCCAAGUUCAAGCUUGUUCCAACGGGGUUUGAGGUCAUGCACAGCAACGAGUCGGCCGUCAUCCGCGUCCCCGUCGAAAUCACGUUUGUCAUGACGCGACUUACGAUCGAGGCCAUGUACCCGCAUAUCCUCGCCCACGAAGGCAUUGUUCAGCAGAUCCUGGGGCAUGAGUUCUCGACCCAAGCUGGCUUUAUCGCGUACUAUGAUGAGUACGGCCAGAUCGAGCGCAUGGAGACGUGGGCCGACCUCGCGACGACCUUUUCGGAGGCGAUCGGCACGCUCGGCGCCAGUGCGCUUCUCUCCGACUCCGAGUACCGUGACACGUCGCAUAUCCGUGGUGUCCAGGCGAUCACGGCCACCUUGUACCGGCAACUUGAGGCCAUGCAACUUGACGACGCCACGCCGCAAGAUGCUGGCGUUGUCAUGUUGUAAUCAAUCAUUCAUCCUCCUGAUCAUACACAAAUCCA